CGCGGAUGCUCCCGGGUAGCGGCGGCCGCGGUGGCGGGGCCAUGGCGACCCCGGACAGCUGCGUCAAGGUGGCCGUGAGGAUCCGUCCCCAGCUGCCCAAAGAGAAGAUAGAGGGAUGUCACAUCUGCACCUCGGUGACACCUGGCGAGCCCCAGGUGCUACUGGGGAAGGACAAGGCCUUCACCUACGACUUUGUCUUUGACCUGGACACGUGGCAGGAGCGGAUCUACACCACCUGUAUGGGGAAGCUCAUCGAGGGCUGCUUUGAGGGCUACAAUGCCACGGUGCUGGCAUACGGGCAGACUGGCGCGGGGAAGACGUACACCAUGGGCACCGGCUUCGACAUGAGCAUCUCCGAGGAGGAGCAGGGCAUCAUCCCGCGGGCCAUCGGCCACCUCUUCAGCGGCAUCGAGGAGCGCAAGCGCGCGGCGCAGAGCCAGGGCGUGGCAGCACCCGAGUUCAAAGUCAGCGCCCAGUUCCUGGAGCUCUACAACGAGGAGAUCCUGGACCUGUUCGACAGCGCCCGCGACCCCGACGCGCGGCACCGCAAAUCCAACAUCAAAAUCCACGAGGAUGCCAGCGGGAGCAUCUACACCACGGGGGUCACGUCGCGCCUCAUCAGCUCGCAGGACGAGCUGAUCCAGUGCCUAAAACAGGGAGCUCUUUCCCGCACCACCGCCAGCACCCAGAUGAACGUGCAGAGCUCCCGGUCCCACGCCAUCUUCACCAUUCACCUGUGCCAGACCAGAGUGUGUGCCCGCCCGGAGCUGGUGAACGGGGAGGUGACCGGCCUCCUGGAUGGAUCCCAGCCCGCCACUGAGUACGAGACCUUGACAGCCAAGUUUCACUUUGUGGACCUGGCUGGCUCAGAGAGGCUGAAGCGGACGGGAGCAACCGGCGAGAGGGCGAAGGAAGGGAUCUCCAUCAACUGCGGGCUGCUGGCCUUGGGGAAUGUCAUUAGUGCCCUUGGAGACCAGAGCAAGAAGGUCGUGCACGUGCCCUACCGCGACUCCAAACUCACCCGCCUGCUGCAGGAUUCCCUCGGGGGCAACAGCCAAACCAUCAUGAUUGCCUGUGUGAGCCCCUCUGACCGGGACUUCAUGGAGACCCUGAACACGCUCAAAUACGCCAACCGGGCUCGCAACAUCAAGAACAAAGUGGUGGUGAACCAGGACAAGACAAGCCAGCAGAUCAGUGCCCUGCGGGCCGAGAUCGCCCGCCUGCAGAUGGAACUGAUGGAGUACAAGGCAGGCAAGCGAGUCAUCGGGGAGGAUGGCGCAGAGGGAUACAGCGACCUGUUCCGGGAGAACACCAUGCUGCAGAAGGAGAACAGCGCCCUGCGCAUGAGGGUGAAGGCCAUGCAGGAGGCCAUCGAUGCCAUCAACAGCAGGGUCACCUACCUCAUGAGCCAGGAGGCCAAUCUGAUGCUGGCCAAGGCAGGGGAUGGUAACGAAGCCAUUGGCACCCUCAUCCAGAACUACAUCCGGGAGAUUGAAGAGCUGAGAACGAAGCUUCUGGAGAGCGAGUCCAUGAACGAGUCCCUGCGCCGCAGCCUGUCCCGAGCGUCUGCCCGGCCCCCCUACUCCAUGGGCUCCUCUCCAGCUGCUGGCCUGGGUCUGUGCAGCCCCGCAGUGCCAGUGGAUUCAGAGGCCUCUGAUGUCCUCCGACGGGCCAAGCAGGACCUGGAGCGCCUGAAGAAGAAGGAGCGGAGGCAGCAGAGGAAGAGCCCAGAGAAGGAGACAUUAAGGAAGCAGCAGAAACUGCAGCAGGACAACGGGGAGGAGACGGAUGAGAACGAGGUGGAAGAGGAGGAGGAGGAGCAGGAUGAGAGUGGCUGUGAGGAAGAGGAUGGGCGCGAGGAUGAAGAUGAGGACUCGGGCAGUGAAGAGAGCCUGGUGGACUCAGACUCGGAUGCAGAGGAGAAGGCCGUGAAUUUCCAGGCUGAUCUGGCAGAUCUGACCUGUGAGAUUGAGAUCAAGCAGAAGCUGAUUGAUGAGCUGGAGAACAGCCAGCGGCGCUUGCAGACCCUCAAGCAUCAGUAUGAGGAGAAGCUGAUCCUACUGCAGAACAAGAUUCGGGACACGCAGCUGGAGCGGGACCGGGUCCUGCAAAACCUCAGCACCAUGGAGUGUUACACAGAGGAGAAAGCCAACAAGAUCAAAGCAGACUAUGAGAAGCGUCUGAAGGAGAUGAACCGGGACCUGCAGAAGCUCCAGGCAGCCCAGAAGGAACACGCUCGCCUGCUUAAGAACCAGUCCCGCUACGAGCGGGAGCUGCGGAAGCUGCAGGCAGAGGUGGCCGAGAUGAAGAAGGCAAAGGUUGCACUGAUGAAGCAGAUGCGGGAGGAGCAGCAGCGGAGGCGGCUGGUGGAGACCAAGAGGAACCGGGAGAUUGCACAGCUCAAGAAGGAGCAGCGCCGGCAGGAGUUCCAGAUCAGGGCUCUGGAGUCUCAGAAGCGGCAGCAGGAAAUAGUGCUGCGGAGGAAAACCCAGGAGGUGUCAGCACUGCGCCGUCUGGCCAAGCCCAUGUCAGACCGGGUGGCGGGCAGGACGGGCCAGAAGCCGGCUAUGCUGGACUCGGGUGCAGAGGUCUCGGCCAGCACCACCUCCUCCGAGCCCGAGUCCGGCGCUCGCUCCGUCUCCAGCAUCGUGCGCCAGUGGAACAGGAAAAUCAACAACUUCCUGGGAGACACCUCGUCCUCUGUGAACGGGGCUCGGCCUGCCAGGAAGAAGUUCCCCAAGAAGGGCUCAAGCCAGACCUUCAGCAAAGCUGCCCGCCUCAAGUGGCAGUCGCUGGAGCGGCGCAUCUUCGACAUCGUCAUGCAGAGGAUGACCAUCGUCAACCUCGAGGCGGACAUGGAGAGGCUCAUCAAGAAACGCGAGGAGCUGUCACUGCUGCAGGAGGCGUUGCUGGGCAAGCGGGCGAAGCUGCAGGCAGAGAGCCCCAUGGAACAGAAAGGGCUGCAAGAGCUGAAUGAGGAGAUUGAGGUGCUGGGGGCCAACAUUGACUACAUCAACGACAGCAUUUCAGACUGCCAGGCCACCAUCAUGCAGAUUGAGGAGACCAAGGAGGAGCUGGACUCCACGGACACCUCGGUGGUGAUCAGCUCCUGCUCCCUGGCCGAAGCCCGGCUGCUGCUGGACAACUUCCUGAAGGCCUCCAUCGACAAGGGGCUGCAGGUAGCCCAGAAGGAGGCCCAGAUCCGGCUGCUGGAGGGGCGGCUGCGGCAGUCAGACGUGGCCAGCUCCUCACAGAACCACGCCCUCCUGGAUGCCCUGCGGGAGAAGGCCGAGUCCCACCCCGAGCUGCAGGCGCUGAUCCACAAUGUCCAGCAAGAGAAUGGCUACACCAGCACGGAUGAGGAGGUCUCAGAGUUCAGCCUGGCUUCAGAUGGGAGCAUCUCCCAGUCUUUCACCAUGAAGGGCUCAGCAAGCCAGGAUGACUUCAAGUUCAAGGGAGAGCCCAAGCUCUCGGGGCAGAUGAAGGCAGUGUCAGCUGAGUGUCUGGGACCCACGCUGGACGUCUCUACCAAGAACAUCACCAAGUCCCUGGCAUCCCUCAUGGAGAUCAAAGAGGACGGGAUCGGCUUCUCCAUCCGAGACCCCUAUUACAAGGAGAAGGUGUCGCGCACCGUCAGCCUGCCCACGCGAGGAAGCACCUUUCCCAGGCAGUCUCGAGGCUCAGACACUUCUCCCCUGACAAGGCGGAAAUCCUACGACCGUGGGCAACCCGCCAGGCCUGCAGACAUUGGCUUCACACCUCCCUCCUCCCCACCCACCCGCCCACGUAACGACCGCAACGUCUUCUCCCGCCUCACCAGCACCCAGAGCCAGGGGUCUGCCUUGGAUAAGUCUGAUGACAGCGAUUCCUCUGUCUCGGAGGUGCUGAGGGGCAUCAUUAACCCAGUGGGUGGCACCAAGAAUGCCCGGACAGCCCCACUGCAGUGUGUCUCAGUGGCAGAGGGACACACCAAGCCUGUGCUCUGCCUGGAUGCCACCGACGAGCUGCUCUUCACGGGGUCCAAAGACCGGAGCUGCAAAAUGUGGAACCUGGUGACGGGCCAGGAAAUCGCUUCCCUCAAGGGUCACCCAAACAAUGUGGUUUCCAUCAAGUACUGCAGCCACACGGGGCUGGUGUUCACCGUGUCCACGUCGUACAUCAAAGUGUGGGACAUCCGCGACUCCGCCCGGUGCAUCCGCACCCUCACAUCUUCUGGACAGGUGAUCUCUGGGGACGCCUGUGCUGGCACCACCACCCGCACGGUCACCAGCGUGCAGGGGGAGCACCAGAUCAACCAGAUCGCCCUCAACCCCACGGGCACCACGCUCUACGCUGCCGCCGGCAACUCCGUCCGCAUCUGGGAGCUGAGCAGGUUGCAGCCUGUGGGAAAGCUGAGCGGCCACAUCGGGCCCGUGAUGUGCCUCACAGUGAACCAGACAGCGAACAACCACGACCUGGUGGUCACAGGUUCCAAAGAUCACUACGUCAAGGUGUUUGAGAUCACGGAGGGCAUGGUGGGCAACAUUGGCCCAACUCACAACUUCGAGCCCCCUCACUACGAUGGCAUCGAGUGCCUGGCCAUCCAGGGAGACGUCCUCUUCAGCGGCUCCAGGGACAACGGCAUUAAGAAGUGGGAUCUGGAGCAGCAGGAACUUACCCAGCAAAUCCCCAAUGCCCACAAAGACUGGGUCUGUGCCCUGGCCUUCAUCCCCGGCCGCCCCAUGGUGCUGAGCGCCUGCCGAGGAGGUGUCAUCAAAGUCUGGAACGUGGACACCUUCACCCCAGUCGGGGAGAUCAAGGGGCAUGACAGCCCCAUCAACGCCAUCUGCACCAACUCAAAGCACAUCUUCACUGCCUCCAGCGACUUGACAGUGAAGCUCUGGAGUGGGAGGAGGUUGCCCGCGGGGUCAAACUAGGAACUGCAGAGAGACUGGAAGGCUUGGGAGCAGGGUGAAGGUCAGGGUGCCUCCCCCUGCUAUUAGGACUCGGUCAUCUACAGGAGCACUCAGCCCGGGACAGGGAUUUCUUUGUGCCUGACCCAACGGGGUGGAUGAUGCCUCAUGUGAUACUUUGAGCACUGCCAGCUCCUGUGGGGCACUGGCAGCUCUGUGGGGCACUGGCAGCUCCACCUUCCCUCCUGCUGAGGUUUCUCGAUGGCUCUCCGGUGACCAGGAAAUAUUUCAUCUCUCCUCUCACCCAUCCUGCUGUAAGGACUUCUGGGGGUCAGAGCUCCUUGGCUCCUUCUUGGGAGACACCCAGUUCCCUCCUGCCACUGUGGGCUUGUGUGGCCUCUGCUGUGAUGUGCUGCUCUGGGGCUGGUUCCUGCAGGAGUCCUUCUCCACAACCACGAGGACAUUUGGUGUCUGCUGGCCAGGACACAAGUACAGAGGGUGCUUCUCUGGAGCUGUUACUCGUGGGACACCUCUCUGCUGUGGGGGCUGCAGGAGGAUUUCCUGGUACUCCUAUUCUUCCCCAUCCUCCGUCUACCCGUCCCCCGCAGCUGGAGGUGGGCACCUCUGAGCUCCUUUGCCGUGUCCCAUCUUGGGAGACACAGCAAGCCUGGAAAGAUCUCUGUCAGGCAACUUCCAGACAAACCUGCUGCAGUUCCCUUCAAAGUUCUUCAAAUCCCAGCUGUAACCACAACUGCCCCAUGGCUCUGGACUCUUCCCCACGUGCCCACCCUGCUCUGCAGCGGGGAGGGAAGGGCUGCUCAGCCCUGCUCUGGACACUGUGACCCCCAGCACGGGUUUGUGGUGCGUUCCUGCAGCGCGUUAACUCCCUCGAGGUGGAGAAAUGAAGCAAGAAUGGAGGUUACAGGGCAAAACAGCCAAGGCUGGAUUUGUCAGCCCCACUGCUGUGGCCUGUCUGUCCUUCCCCUGGGCUCUGCCCUCGGCCCUCUGCCUGGGUUGGAGCUAGCUUAGGUUGGGCCUGCUGGCCUCCAUGGAUCUGGGGAUGGAGAGGGCCCAGCAAGGCCUGGAGCAGCUGGAGUCUGCUGUGCCAGGAGGAGAGUAAGGAGGGGGUUGCACACACUGGUCUCGCACAAGUUCCCUGACUCUCCCUGCGCUCGAAGGACAAUCCUGCAGCAGAUGCACAAUCCCAUCUCCAUGAGGGGCUGGGGGCUCCGUCCAGGAGUGUUUCCCCAAGGAUGCACCUUCUCCAGGCUCCUUCCUCUCUCUCUCCUGUUCCAGGGGCUGGCAAGGCCCUGGUCUCACACUGGAGCUUCCCUCCAUCUCUCCUUUGGCCCGUUGGACCAUCCCCUGCUCUGUCCUGCCCUGGGCCACGCAAAACUCUCAUGGAGUGGCUGAGGAGGCUCCAGGAUGGGUGUUGCCUCACAUGCUCUCCUUUCCCCUUCGUCACAGAAGAAGCAGCACUUGAACUCAAAUUUAAGGAUUUCUCCAUGUGAUCCCACCAGCACUGAACUGGGAUCUUGGAGGCCAAGGGUUCCAGGACCUGCCCUAUAAAGCACAGACCAUUUCCCCUCUGCUCUCUCCAACCAUGGUGACACCUGGACCAGCCCCAGGUCAUUUGCUGUCAGCCCUUGUUCUAAGUAUCCUGGCUGGAGAAUGGGGAUUCCUCUGCAUCGUGAAAGACAGGAGCAUCUCUGUUGAAUUGAUGGGGUGGGGGGGGUUGCCUUUUGGGGGGAAAAUUCCAUCCUACUGGCUUGCCUUGUUGGAGGGCGUGUGGCAUGUGUGUGUGUGACCCUGCCCAGGACAGUCACUGGUCCCCUGUGAUUGUGACUGAGCCCUGCAUAGCCAGGACUGAUGAGUGUAUUGAGGUGAGG